CACUGUCCCGCUUGGGUUUAGUCCUGGGGCUUGCAGCUGACCAUGGCGUCUAUAAGUUCUGACAGGGUUCGGCGCAGCAGGUCGCUUGGAGACACCUUGGUUGUUGGCCUCACCGGAAGCAUUGGCAUGGGAAAAAGCACUGUUAGCAAGUGGCUUCAGGAGAUGCAAGUACCUCUGGAUGAUGCAGAUGCCACUGUGCACAGGUUAUAUGCGCCUGGUGGAGAAGCUGUCCUUCCGCUCAAAGAGGCUUUUGGGGACGAAAUUCUCUCACAGGAGGGUGGCGUGGACCGAGGGGCACUUUCAAAGCUGGUUGUAGGGGAGGCGAAUGCAGAGAGGCUGAAACACUUGGAGGCCAUUGUGCAUCCCUUGGUUGAAGCUUCUCGUGAUCACUUUAUUUCCAAAGCACGGCGGCAAGGGGAGCUCCUUUGCGUGCUGGACAUUCCCCUGCUCUUUGAAAAGAAACUGGAAAAACAUUGCGACGUCGUAAUGGUGGUGAGUGCUCCUGCUGAGCAGCAGCGCACACGAGUGCUGGCUCGGAAUGAUAUGACCCCGGAGAAGUUCACUGCAAUUCUCUCGAAGCAGGUCCCAGACGCAGACAAGCGACGGAAAGCUGACCACAUCGUGGAUACUGGCCUCACAAUGGAGGAGACAAAAGCGCAGGUGAUGGCAUUUGUCAAGGAAUGUCGAGAAAAAGUGGCCGCUGAAAGAGACCGUGACCAGAGGCUGCAAUGGCUUUUCCUUGCUGCCGCCCUGGCAGCCGGUGCUGCUGUUGCUUUUGGACUCCAAAGAAUGAAAUGAGGCUGUCAGCAUCUGUCAGCUGACACGUUAGACCAAUACAUAGUUCUUAAAUGUUCUUAAGUUCUUAACUUAACCAGAUGCUGUGCUCGGCUGUGCUGAAUCCCACUUGGGCAUUGCCUGGAG